CCCUGGAUGGUUCCUAUCGAUUUGGAGGGAUCAACUUGAGACGCCGUCGUCUCUGAUUUGGGGUUUGGGCGGAAGUCACUUUGUAUCCAGGUAGGUACCAGAGAGCGAGUCCCCGCGUCCAGGCUGCGUCCAGUCGUGCAUAUAAACGCCCGGCAUUCCCUCGUUUCCCCCGCCAUCGCCAUUUGCCGCCGCUGUGUCGAAUACGAUUGCCGACUAACUUCUGACGCUGACGUUUAAAUAACGCCCCUGAUAAACAUUGCGAAAGCGACUCAUGACCACAGUCUCGAGAAGCUUUACUUUGCUUAUCUUGUUUUCCAUUCCUGGGGACCUACGCUUAUUUCGCUAUCCAUUGCACUCAUCAAAGACUUACUUACACCGUCCUCAUCUUAAACUCUCUGUCAACCAAAAACUUAUCGGCCCACUCAAACAAGAUAAUCGAUAAUCGAUAAUCUGCCAACGAAGCCGCCAGUUUCAUUACCUCCUGUUAGAUCUCAACCUUUUUCCACUAAAAUGUCUAGUCUACGUGGUAAUCAUCAACUCAAUCACUAACCUGCUUGAACUUACUUACCUGAGACUCAACACUUUCUGCCUUGCCGGCUUACACGCGCACCAUUACUUCCCGAGCCUCAUCUCACCCGCGUAUUGUACAACCUCCAUCCAACAGGGGAUUUUGACGGGUGGCCAUCUCAAUAACAAGGGGUCUUACACACAGCCCCUGGUAACCCGCCGCCCCUCUCACUGCACUGCAACCAACCGCUUCCACAUCUAGGUAGUUGUUAAAAAGCACAACAACUUGCACAAAGAAACAACUCGACAAAUAAAGCCAGAUAUUAAGCUUUUAUUUAUCCUCGAUAUCCACAACUUGAUUGCAUUGUCUUUGGUCAAACAAAGUAGCUUCUUCUACAAACGUUCAGAGGCGCUGUACCAAACUUGUUCUGACGCCCUUUUAUUCUUGGUGCUGGCUAUUCUCGAAUCACCCCCCGCUGUUUCAUUCGACCGCACCGCCAAGCAUCUACGUUAUCCACAACACUAUCAAGGACGACCGGCUCGGAUUUGCAUUGCAACGGGUCUCUAUUCGUUCGCUGCUGGACAAAAACAAUCUCAUCCCGGCCGCUUCGGCGUGCAAGCCCCACCAUAAUCCUAAUCAUUCCGCUACUAACACCGCGGACCAAAAAAAUAUUUAUUAUGUCGACUGACGACAGCUAUGCCCCAAAGUCUCCGGACCUCUCUUCUUUUUAUUCAAGUGGCCCCACUCAAGAAGAGCUCCAUCAUCCACAGCCUGACAGUCACUUUAGCCCGGGAUACGAAUAUAAAGCAGAGUCCCCAACCUACGCCAGAUCUGCUUCCUUUUCUUCUUAUGUUCCACCAUCCUUAAAUUUUAACAACAACGGCGGUGCAUAUGAUUCUAAGUACCGGCCACAAGUCGACUACCAGCAAGCAUCUUCACAACUAAGAUCUACAAGACCGGAAUAUCAAUCUUACCGGUCGCGACAUUCUUCAAUCCAAGACCCCUACGUCUAUUCUUCGCCAGACAAACGCCCGUCUUCUGGUAACGGAUUCGAGGACACCUUUGCCUCUCCACACACACAGUCACAACACCACACUCCGGCGCGACCUGCGCCGUACGGCCAAGCCUAUCCAGAGCAAACUCCGCUUUCCAGCGCGGCUGCGUACGACAUAUCCUACGCACCACCAGUGGGAACUGGCACAGUAGAACGCGCUUCGACAUUCGGUGCUAUACCCUUUGACACAGAUAUGCCUCCACGCAAAGCCGCGCCGCCUGCGGCGCCCGCUAUCGACCCAUCCCCCGUUCGAACCAAGUUUCCAACUGCCAGGAUUAAACGAAUUAUGCAGGCUGAUGAGGAAGUUGGAAAGGUUGCACAGCAGACCCCGAUCGCUGUGGGCAAGGCUCUUGAACUUUUCAUGAUUCAACUCGUCACAAAAAGCGCCGACGUGGCCAGGGAGAAGGGUUCCAAGAGAGUCACAGCACCAAUGCUCAAACAUGUAGUCGAGGCCGAUGAGCAGUGGGAUUUCCUUCGUGACAUUGUCAGUCGCGUCGAGAACGAGAAGGAGGGUAGUAGAUCAAAGGCCAAGCAGGAGAGUUCAAGUGAUGAGGAGAUUGAAGAGCCCAAGAAGAGAACACGCGGCGGCAGAAGAAAGAAGGCGCAAUGAUCUGCUUUCAAUGCGGAGUAUUAUAUGUUGUCUUUGCAAGGUUUGGGAUGCGUCAUGAGGGAUAAUGAUCAAAUGGCAGGCGUUUAGGGGGACUCGCAUCGAGCCGGAGUUUGGCGCAUUGAAGACAAUUCAUCGCAUGGACUUUUGGCAUACUGGGUAUUUUAAACGCUUGCGCGCACUGGCGCGCUUGCGGACUGGUGCAAUAUCAAUUGCUGGUGCUGCAAAGCAUCUUGGCGAGUACGUUAGCAUAAUUACACGGCAAUUAAAGCAAAGGGACGGCGGCCAAAGCUGUCACCUUGUCACUUACUGGCUACUAAAUUAUGAAUUCCCCGUGUGGUUUGACUCUUGCUUCCUGUCUCU